UUGGGAGAGAAGGGAGGUUGGGAGAGGAGGGGAGGGAGGGAGAGAAGGGAGGUUGGGAGGGGAGGGAGAGAAGGGAGGUUGGAAGGGAGGGAGGGAGAGAAGGGGAGGGAGGGAGAGAGAGAAAGGGAGGGAGAGCGGGAGAAAGAGGAGGGGAGGGGGCGAGGAGCCGGUGCUCCUGGUGAUCAGGACAGGGUCCCAACAUCUCCCGCCCAAGUUUGCGAGUGCCGGUGCCCCGGCCGGGAGUUCCUCCCUCCGGGACAUGGCCCGGGCCAUCGCUCUCCUGCUGCUGGUCGCGCUGAGCCUGGCCGGGGCGGCGGCCGGACAGCGGAGCGGAGACGGCCAGCCGUCCGCCCACCCUCUGCUGUACUUCGAGCCGCGGGAGGUGCGGAGCCUGCGGCAGAAAGCGCGGGGCAGCCACUCCUCCAUCAGCCGGGCUGUCCGGGCAGCCGUGAAGACCAUGUUGGCCAAGCCCAGCCUCUACCUACCCCCGCCCGACCACCUGAGCUUCUCGGCCAAGUGGAACGAAGUCUACGGCAACAACUUGGGCGUCCUCUCCCUCCACUGCCUGCUCUUCCCCGAAGACGCCGCCGCGCUAGAAUUUGCCCUGACCUACCUGGACCGAAUGGCCUCUUACCCCCGCUGGCAGGUGCGGACAGCCCCCAACGACGAGGUGCCCGUGGCUCACUCCCUGAGCGGGUUUGCAACUGCCUUGGACUUCCUCUACCCCGUCCUGGAUGAAGGCAGGAGGGAGAAGUACCUGCAGAAGGUGCAUGACGUCACCAUGGAGCUGUACGAGUUCUCCAAGUACCGGGCGUGGGGCAAACACUUCCUUCACAACCAUCAGGCCACCAACGUCCUGGCCCUGUUGACCGGAGCCUUGGUGCUCACCCCCCACCAGCCCCAGACUGCCUUGCUCUGCAAGCAGUUCGCCAUCGACAUCAUGGAGAAGACCCUCUUCCUUCUGGACCAUGUCGUGGACGGAUCUCUGGAUGAAGGGGUGGCUUACGGCAGCUACACCUCCAAGUCCAUCACCCAGUACGUCUUCUUGGCCCUGCGGCACUUCAACCUGAACCACACCGGCAGUCCCUGGCUGAAGCAACACUUCUGGUUUUACUAUGCCACCUUGCUGCCCGGCUUCCAGCGGAGCGUGGGCAUCGCCGACUCCAACUACAACUGGUUCUACGGGCCGGAGAGCCAGCUCGUUUUCCUGGACAGGUUCGUGCUGAGGGACGGCAGCGGGAACUGGCUGGCCAAGCAGAUCCGGCGGCACCGGCCCAAGGACGGGCCCAUGGAGGCCUCUAGCGCCCACCGAUGGUGCACCCUGCACACUGAGUUCAUCUGGUACGACCCGCGGCUGGCGCCCCGGCCGCCGGCCGUCCACGGCCUCCCGCGGCUGCACGUCUUCUCCAACUGGGGGGUGGUGACCUACGGUGGGGGGCUGGAGAGCGGGCCGGCCAACACCUUCGUCUCCUUCAAGUCGGGCCGGCUGGGCGGGCGGGCGGUCUACGAGAUCGUCCACGGGGCGCCUUACUCCUGGAUCGACGGCUGGAAGAACUUCAACCCGGGUCACGAACACCCGGACCAGAACUCCUUCACCUUCGCGCCCGGCGGGCAGGUCUUCGUGUCCGAGGCGCUCUACGGCCCCAAGCACAGUUACCUCAACAACGUGCUGGUCUUCGGCCCCUCGCCCACCAGCCGCUGCAACCGGCCCUGGGAGGGACAGCUGGGCGAAUGCGGCCAGUGGCUGGACUGGCUGUCGGGCGAGGCGGGCGGCUCGGCGGGAGAGGUGGUGUCCGCCUCGCAGCAGGGCGGCAUGGUGUUCGCCAGCGGCGAGGCGGCCGCCGCCUACUCCUCGGCCAUGGGGCUGCGCAGCGUCUACCGUGCCCUGGUGCUGCUCAACGCCCACACGCUGCUGGUGGUGGACCACGUCGAGCGGCGGCCCGGCUCCCCGCUCAGUCAGGCCAGCGCCUUCUUCCACAACCUGGACAUCGACUUCAGGUACGUGCCGUACCGGGCGGCGGGCGGGCUCCGCGGCGCCAUGAUGGACGUGUGGGACGCCCAGUAUAAGAUGGUGUGGUUUGGCGCCGGCGGCCACAGCCCCGAGGCGCGCAUCCAGGAGGCCGAGCAGGCGGCCGAGUUCAAGAAGCGCUGGACCCAGUUCAUCAACCUGACCUUCGCCUUGCGGGGGCCGGUCACCCGCAUGGCUUACCUCUUCCACGGCCCCGCCGUCCGAGUCUCCCGCUGCCGCUUCCUCGACGACGCCGGGCCCGGCCUGAGGGUGGGCCUGAGCGUCAAUGGCACGCCGCUGGUGGUGUCGCUGGCCACCCGCCACGCCGACCCCAGCGCCCGCUUCACCUACCUGGGCUUCGGCGGCUACGCCAUGGUGGAGGAGCCGCACCGGGUCACCCGGUUCGGUCUGGGCGGCGACGCCGACCCGCUGGCCGAGGUGGCCCAGCCACGCCGUCGCUCGGCGGCGGCGGCCGCUCUCCUCUCCCGCCUGGGCGCCGCUGUCAAGGUGCUGGCGGCCGCCGUGCUGUGCCUGGGCCUGGGGCUGGCGGCCGCCCGCCACCGCCUCUCGCUGUCCUUCGGCCGGCUGCUGCGCCUGGCCAUGCUGGCAGCCAUCGCCCUGUGGCUGGCCGAGCUGGCCGCCCUGUGGGCCGCCUGCCGCCUGCCCCUGUGCGGGGGCAGCUGGCGGGCCGAGGAGGAGCCAGAGCCGCCGCCGCCCGGCUCCCCCUCCCCACAGUGGGACCCGGCACUGGGCAGGAUGUCCCCGCUGGUGGUCGCCUCCCUGCCCGGCUCAGGGGUCGAGAUCCUCCGGCACCUCUUCGCCAACACCACCGACUUCCUCUAUGUCAGGCUGCCCGGCGUGCCCGAGGCUGAGUUCGGGCUGGACCCCUUCGUCGACGCCUGCGAGUGGACUGGCACUGAUGCCCGGCAGGGUCGGUUCCGUCUGGUCCAGGGUUGGCUCCAGUCCCUGGUGCACAGCACCAAGCUGCAUCUGCAGAACAUCCCCCUCCACCCUGGGGCCAGGGGCGACCCGCCCGCGGAGGAGCCCGGCCAGUCUGCAGACAAAAAGCGCAAGGUCAGGAGGAAGGUCUCCUUGGCCGACCAGAGGCAUGGGGAGAACGUGGUGGAGAAGGACGCAGACUACCUCAGGGGAUUGAGGAGACACCUCGCCUCCCACCCCAACGCCCGCGUGGUCCUCAGUUUGAGCAGCGGCACCUGGACCCUCAAGCUGCCCUUCGUGCAUGGCGUCCUGGGGGCAUCAACCCGGGUGAUGCUGGUGGUGAGGGAUCCUCGAGCCUGGGUCUACUCCUUGCUCCUCAAUGGCAAGCCCAGCCUUUACUCCCUCAGAAACGUGCCUCAGCGCCUGGCCGCCCUCUUCGAGGAGGAUGCUGGCAAGAGGUGCGGCUCUGCCUCCUCGUAUGCCUUGGAAUACGAGCCCCUUCGGAAGCAGUACUCCGCCUCGACCAAGAACGCGGUGGCCCUCUCGGCCCACCUCUGGCUCGCCAACACCAAGGCAGCGAUGAGGAUAAACGGGAAGCUGCCAGCCGCAAACUACCAGUUGCUGAAGUUUGAAGAUAUUGUCACCCUCCCUCAGGAAACGGCCGAGAAGAUCUAUGCCUUCCUGGGCUUCCCUUUGCCUCCUGCCAUACUAAACAGGAUACUUUUUGCCACCUCCACAAACCUGUUCCACCUUCCAUUCGAGAGUGAACUUUCACCUGGUAACCUCCACAUCUGGAGGGACAGGAUGUCCCAGCAGGACAUCAAGACUAUCGAGGACAUCUGCUGGUCAGUGAUGAGUCAGUUGGGCUAUUCCAGGUUUACCAGUUGAGAUCUGAAUUGCCAGGAGUUGCAACAAUAAUGCAGGCGGAUUGAUAAAGGAUAGUGGUGUCCGGGAGCUCUUAGCGAUGAAGUUUCACCUGAAGGACUUGUGCAGGAGAUGGUGUAUGAAACCUUGAGAAGGACACAGAGACUGGAGAGACGCCUCACUUCCAACUCCAAUGUCCGUGCGGUGCUCGGUUUAAGCAGUGGUGGAUGGGCACUCAAGUUCCUCUUCAAACAGGGAGUUUUUCGAUGAGGGUGGUUAUGUGGUGAAGGGACCCACCCACCUAGUUCCAUUCAUGUCUGUUCAACAGUAAGCCUGGUCACUCAGAAACAAUCCCCGGCAUUCAGCCGCAGUCCUCAAGAUAAAUCUCUCAAAUGUUCCAGAUUGGGCCAAUCAAAGAGAUUACAGUCUGUGACUUCUGAAAUUGAUAGCAGGAUCACGCAGAGACACAACGACAAUGAAGAAAGGGUUUAGGUUCAUCGCGGGAAGUCUUACGACGAUGCAAAACGUGUGGGGUGAGGAUGGUUGGAGGGGAAAUCAAAGUAAUCUUGUGACCACAUGACCCGGUGUGGGAUUUAUCAUCCAGGUUGGCUUUGGAACCUAGAGGGGAAAUGCAUGGCUCAGCUCAGACCUGGUGAUAAUUAUCAGGAGACAUUGUUUCUCUGUACUGUGCUUGUUAUUAACCCAUUGGGCUGCAGAUGCCUCUGGAAAGAGACCUCCUCAGCCUCCCCUGAAGAGGCAAAGGUAUACAGUCUGACAGACAAGUACUUGGCUUGACUGGCAUAUUCACUGUUAAAAUUUAUCACCCAUUAGAAUGGCAAAAAAUGUACCACGGAGAGAUGCUUUGGAAAAUUUAUGGAACGUAUAAAUUAUGGCUUUUAAAUGGAAUUAAUGCAUCUGCCAGUGUGAUAAGUCUUGCCCAAACUUUGUUCAGGUACCCAUGCAUGUCAACACUGCUCCUGUCAGCUGUUUUGGUGGGAUAUAGCAUUCAUUAACAUCAACUUGAUUUGUUCUGUUUUCUGGACCUUUGGGGUCUUUGGAUGAGAAUUGUUUCUCAACUUCUCCACACACAUUCACAUUGUGAAGGAAAAUGAUUAACUACAUUUGUCCUGGGUCUACUGUAUAACAAGGAAACCUUUGGCUUCUCCCAGAUGACUGGGCGGGAUUGCUUCAUUGUUCCCCUUUCUCCCCAAGUUAUUGAGAGUUGGAAAGGAGUUCAGGAAAUGGUGGAGAUGGUGAUGAAUACUUGGUGAACACUAGGACCAAGGGGGUCACUAACGAGUGGGGAAUUGUUGGGGUUUCUCAGGGGAAAUCCUGACCUUUGUACGUGUAGAAUGAUGAGGGGCUGACUCAGAACUCACUGCACCUUGGGGUGCAGCUAGAAGAGCCGCUGCCACACCGCUUGAGGGAUCCAGGUUCAAUCCUGACUUCCGGUGCUGUCUGCAUGGAGUUUGUACGUCCUCCCAGUGACCCUGUGGGUUUCCCCAGGUACACCAGUUUCCUCCCACAUUCCAAAAAUGUGCAGGUUGGUAGGUGAACUGGCCACUGUAAAUUGCGCCUAAUGUAUGGGCGAGUGGUAGAAUCUUGAGAGGAGUUGAAGAGACUGUGGGGAGAAUAAAAAUUGGGAUUGACACUGGACUGAUUUGGGGAGGAGUUGAUGGGAAUGUGGGGAGAAUAGGUAACAGGAAAAGUUAGUGGAGAAUGGCUGAAGUAGCCACCUUCUGUGUUGUAAUGGAAUAAUACGGCAAAACAAAACCAUGCUGCAGUUGAUGGGAUCCUUGGUGUUAACCCUAUAAUCUGAAAUCCAACCACCCUUUGGAAAUGUACUUUGGGAAUGCUUGGAUUUGACAUGGUUGUUCGUAAAUUAUGAAGGUUACGGGGUACUCGGGAGCAAAUUCCGGUUCGCUACAGGUGUCAUUGCCCAAGGUGUACUGGGCAUGCUGCCAGUCUGAGUCUCUGGGACUGAAAGGCCUUUGGGGGUUGGGUGGCCACCCCCUUCCUCAUUUGAAUGAUGUGCCCGCUGUCCCUCACUAUCAGCUUAACAUUAACGUUACCAGGCACGUGUACAGUACAGAUUCCCACCCUUCCCUCC